AUGGGUGGAAGCAGCAGACAGCGGAAACAAGGAAGACUUCUUGUAGUCAACGGCAGCGUCUUUUUGUGCUGUUUCUUUGUUGGUAGACAAAGCGUCUCUCUUCAGCAGGAUAUGGGUACUGGGAUCAGUGAGUCAACUGCACACUAUGUGGCGGAGCAUCGAGCCAAUGACGAAGGCUACAUGAGGCGGAAUCAAAAUACAUCAAGGUCAGAUUGCUUUGGUCAUCACAACUUUCACCAUAGUGUCACUGCUUCCAAGGUGGCAUCGCUACAAGAAAAGAUGAAAGCAUACUACGUGAAGCGCCAGCAUGCGACCAGAAGAACAAACAACGCCGAAGCUCGUCGUCUACUCAACAAUCUGGUCGAAGUGGAAAUAGUUCCAACAUUGAAGAAGGUUCCAGCUGUCAAAGGACUCCCACGAAGUGACAGGAAAUUAUUCAAAGGCCAGGAAAAGGAAGACUACUUCAUAUAUGAACACUUCUACAAUGAGAAAACAAAACAAUGUUACAGCUUUGGUAGCAAUCUCUUUGAAUCUGGUGCUCUUGAUGGUUUUCGGUACUCCAAUACCUACUUCUUUGAGCAACACUUCAACGCAUCGAGCAUCCUUGUGGAAGCUGCAGAUUCAAACUGGCAACAACUGAUCAUCAAGGUGCCAAAGUUGCGCCCACUGGCCAUAAGUCAUAGAGCUGCCCUCUGUCCUCUUGGAGCGGAGUCCGUGUGCAUGCAGAUUGGUGAUCAAAAUGCCACGAGUUCAGUCAAUCGCAAUGCCAAGACGUGUGAAGACCCAGUCCCAUGCUUUCAUUUUGACGAAUCUUUGCAUUAUUCCUUGAUAUCCCUCGACAUUGAAGGCUUUGAAUUGGAUUUUCUCAGAAUGCGAAAACCCAAGGCGGAUAUCAUAAUAAUUGAAGUUGUGCAGUGGGCUCGAGACAUGGAAGAUUUGAUGACGGCUGUAGAGUUAGUUGUCUACCUUGCUGACAUUGGGUACUAUUUAUAUGAACAGACGGUCGGAUUGCGAAAUUUUUUGUUCCUGUCACAAGAGCUCGUGAAUGAUUGCUUCAAGGCAGGAGGGUCGUAG